GCGCGCCGCGACGGCGGCGGGGGCGAGGACGGCGGCCAAGGCAGCGACCAAGGGGGCGGUGGCAAAGAGGGGGGUGCGGAGCGGGCGGAAGAGGCGUCUGUGCCGGCGGCUAGGUCGCAGAGGAACAUCGUUGGGAUCAACAACUAUCAUCUAUUCCACAAGAUGAGUAACAGCCACCCUCUUCGCCCCUUUACUGCAGUGGGGGAAAUUGAUCAUGUGCACAUUUUGUCUGAACAUAUUGGUGCCUUGUUGAUUGGGGAAGAAUAUGGCGACGUCACAUUUGUUGUGGAAAAGAAACGUUUUCCUGCCCACAGGGUGAUUUUAGCAGCCAGGUGCCAGUAUUUUCGAGCAUUAUUGUAUGGUGGAAUGCGAGAGUCUCAGCCUGAAGCAGAAAUUCCUCUCCAAGAUACCACUGCAGAAGCAUUCACAAUGCUACUCAAGUAUAUCUACACAGGGCGGGCAACGCUGACUGAUGAGAAGGAGGAGGUGCUGCUGGACUUUUUAAGCCUGGCUCAUAAAUAUGGAUUUCCAGAGCUAGAGGAUUCUACUUCUGAGUAUCUCUGCACCAUACUUAACAUUCAGAAUGUCUGUAUGACUUUUGAUGUUGCCAGUCUGUACUCACUUCCCAAGUUAACUUGUAUGUGCUGCAUGUUUAUGGACAGGAAUGCUCAGGAGGUUCUCUCAAGUGAAGGUUUCCUCUCUCUUUCUAAGACAGCACUUUUAAACAUCGUGUUAAGAGAUUCAUUUGCAGCUCCCGAAAAAGAUAUUUUCCUAGCCUUACUAAACUGGUGUAAGCACAAUUCAAAGGAGAAUCAUGCUGAAAUCAUGCAGGCUGUGCGUUUACCUCUCAUGAGCCUCACUGAACUUCUGAAUGUUGUGAGGCCUUCGGGACUGUUGUCUCCUGAUGCCAUUCUGGAUGCCAUUAAAGUGCGAUCUGAGAGCCGGGAUAUGGACCUCAAUUACAGAGGCAUGCUCAUACCAGAAGAAAACAUUGCAACUAUGAAAUAUGGAGCCCAGGUUGUAAAAGGGGAGUUGAAAUCGGCCUUAUUAGAUGGUGAUACUCAAAAUUAUGAUUUGGAUCAUGGAUUUUCGAGGCACCCAAUUGAUGAUGAUUGCCGUUCCGGCAUUGAGAUUAAGCUAGGUCAGCCAUCCAUUAUCAAUCACAUACGGAUACUCCUGUGGGACCGAGAUAGCCGGUCUUAUUCAUACUUCAUUGAAGUGUCAAUGGAUGAACUUGAUUGGGUCAGAGUGAUAGAUCAUUCACAAUAUCUGUGUCGUUCUUGGCAGAAAUUAUAUUUUCCAGCCCGUGUCUGCAGGUAUAUUCGAAUUGUUGGGACUCACAACACAGUGAACAAGAUUUUUCACAUUGUGGCUUUUGAAUGUAUGUUUACAAACAAAACCUUCACUCUUGAGAAGGGGCUGAUAGUUCCCAUGGAGAACAUUGCAACAAUUGCUGAUUGUGCCAGCGUGAUUGAAGGAGUCAGUCGGAGCCGAAAUGCCUUGCUGAAUGGGGACACUAAGAAUUAUGAUUGGGAUUCUGGCUACACAUGUCACCAGCUAGGAAGUGGUGCGAUUGUGGUUCAGCUGGCACAGCCAUACAUGAUUGGGUCAAUACGGUUACUACUUUGGGAUUGUGAUGAUCGAAGCUAUAGCUACUACGUUGAGGUUUCUACCAACCAGCAACAGUGGACCAUGGUUGCUGACAGAACUAAAGUCUCCUGCAAGUCCUGGCAGUCAGUAACUUUUGAAAGGCAGCCUGCCUCCUUCAUCCGGAUCGUUGGGACACACAACACAGCAAAUGAGGUGUUCCACUGUGUCCACUUUGAAUGUCCAGAGCAGCAGAGCAGCCAGAAGGAGGAAAACAGUGAGGAAUCGGGGACAGGGGACACCAGCCUGGCCAGUCAGCAGCUUGACCCCCACGCCCUGCGGGCACCCAGUGGCAGCUCGCUGCCCUCCAGCCCAGGCUCCAGGUCACGCUCCCCCAACCGGCAGCACCAAUAAAGGAGGCAGCAGGCCUGGUGUGACUUGGUGGGCUCUAGCGACCACAGGAAAUGGUCUCCUCCCUGAGCAGUGGUCUUUGGUUUCCGCCCCCACCCCCGCCCCCGCCCCCGCCCCUUCCCAGGGAGGAGCAGCCUGGCUGCAAAAGCGGACACAGAACAGGUUUUCUCUCAAGGACAGAAAGGGGCUGCUUUAUUCUCAAUUUGUCCAAAUCAGGCUGCUCUCCAGGGGGAGAAAAUGGGUCUUCAAUCUUCAUCAAGUCCAACAUUAACACCCUACCUCUCUAAUCUAACCCAGGCGCAGGGAACGGGGGAAGUAAUAGACAGGCCUGUGUUGGAAUACAAAAAUGGCACACGAACGCUUAGGUGGAGGAGGACACAUCAGGCCUUUGUUACCUGGAGGCGCCCUUUAGGAAAUGGGCUUCCACAGAGUGCUUACUGUUACGGAAUACAUUGCCCUGGCAACUAAAUGAUUUUUUAUUUCUUUUAGUUAUUCUCAUUCAGUGAAUUGUAGGUGUUCCAGAUCUAUCUGAAAUGCUCAAACAGCAAAUCACUUGUUUUAAUCCCUAUUGAUACUGUAAUUUUCCUUCCUUGGUUUUGAACUGUUCAGCUUGUGGGGACAGUGACCCAUCAUGCAUGUCUCCUAAAUGAGACAAGACGCAGCUCAUCCUGGCACCUGGCCACAGAAGAAAGCCUCUGAGGAAGUUCAUCAAAUGCACACGAGUAAAUCAACCUGUGGACAAUGGAAGUAACAGUCACUCACAUGGCUGAGUUAUUCACCUGUCAUUCCUGAAAUGUCUUUACGCUUGGGAGGCUGACAGCGAAACUCUUACUAUGCCCACUGCUAAUUCACCAUUCAGAAGUCCAUGUAAAUAAACAUACACUGAGUUCUGGUGUGGCCAUACCUGCCCAUGGCUUUGCUGCCCCUGCGGGUGUGUUUAGCAGAGUAUCAGAGAGGCAGCUGCCUGCCCAUCAGCACUGGGAAUGCAGAACUGGGACUUGGUGCUUUCCCCACACCACAGUACUCAACUGGGGAUUGAAAAAUAGCACUUCUAGGAAGCUUUUCUCCUAAUCCUCAUUGAAAGGACCUCAUUUGACAGUGGUGGCUUGAUCUGGCUCCGUCUCUUAGUGAUUUCCUUUCCAGUUCUGACUGCCCUGGGUAACUGCACACAUCAUUGCUUGCCCCUCCACUGUCUCCAGAGCUCCGGCCUCUGGCCAUCGGUGUCUGCCUGGGAGUCUCCCCAGGAUGGCACAGCAUGCGAGCAGCAUCUCAGUCCCUGGGUCCUCAGUGCCAACCUGCAGUCUUGAUCAGAGGAAGGUGAGAGCGCAGAGUUUCCUUUCUGCUAUCUCAAAGACAUAUCGGCUGGGUCUAGAAAGAGCCAAUGGGUCAGCUGCCUCCUCCUGGCUUAACUUUGUUUUGAGUGAUUCUCCAUAUUGAAACAGUUGGGUAGCAUCAAACUGCAUGAUUAAAUUGGAAGGCUGUCUUUCCACGUGAACACAGGACGGCAAACAUCAGGGCCACCCGGGCAGAGCAACCAGGUUCCUGGGGAAAAGCCAGGGUCUGUGGUUCUCUGUCCUCCUCAGAGGCUCCAGCUGCAGGGCUGAGCUGCUUCCUAUCCCCUCAGCUCUGAUCUCCGCCACUUCCCUGUUGUUCUGUGGGUGAGCGGAACGCCCCUGGGGUUUCAGGCAAUUCAUAAUGUGAGGAGGUUCCUGUAAGGAACAGUGGGCACCUGCUCAUGGUGGGGGGCCCUCCAGCAUGGUCGCUGACUCUGUCAGCCUCCAGCCCCAGGUUGCCAAUUAGCCAGAGAGCCCCUGUGCACUCAGCACUUCCUUCCCCAGUGUGUUUUCUACCCAUAUGGGGACAGAGGAGCCAGAUCAGUCAUAUCAAGGGCAGAGUUCAAAUGUUUUGAAAGAGCCAUUCAAAUGCUUCUUUUAACAUGGGUAUCUGCUGUCCAGAGUCCCCAGGCCUGGAGCAGCACACUGCUGACCUUGGGAAGAGAGGGUGGGCUGGUGCAGGGGGUGGAGGAGCUGCCCAGCCCUGCAUCUGCAGCCCUCCAGCCCCCUGCCCACAGAGCACACAGGGCCCUCCUAUGCUCUGGGAACUACAUGCCAGCUUGGCAGCUCGCCCUGGCAUCUGAAAAGGAACAUGCUGCAAAACCUCACCCCUAGACCCAUAUCUGCCAUUCCUGGACCCGCGGGGCACUUUCCUUUGGGGCAUGCACCUCCAGAUCUCUGUGUCUUCUGAAUUCCAGCACUUUAAAGAUGCCCCUUAUUAUCAGAUAAAGAGAAGUAAGGGGAAGAUGGGGCAUCGCUAGCAACAGAUGUCUCACUCCCCACAGCCGCCCUGCCAGCUUGCCUCCCUCACUUUGCUGGGAGCCUGCCUCGGACUCCAGGAGAACUUCCAGGCAGGAGGGGCACUGCCCUUCCCCGAAGGGGCCUUCCGACUUGGGCAGGAGCUCUUUCUGUGUGUCCAGCUGGGCCUGGAGGCCACAGUCAAGGUGUGUCACACCACACACCAGGGCAAGGCCCUCAUCUCCAGGGAACAGGGAUAAGUGAGCAGCUGCCAGAAAGUCCCCAGCAGCCUGGAGUUCCCCAGAGCCUGGCUGGUCCUACAGAGCACUUCUCCCCUGGCCAUCUGGACCAAAAUGACCUAAAAACUUGAAGCUAAAAGCAAAUGCUGAUGAUGGGAUGGUCUGGCACGUGGCUGGGAGGAUUCCUGGGCACCACAGAGCCCUCAGCCCAUCAGAGAGUAGGGGCUGAGUCCUCGGGGAGCGGAGGGGUGUGAGGAAGGAGAUAGGCUGGCACCCAGCAAGGCAGUCUCAUAGGCGGGGCACCUGGAGCACUUUGGACCUCAAGCAGCUGUGAACCCCUCCCCAUCCCCACACACACAGACACAUGUUUUGCCAUUUUCUCAGUGCUUUUUCCGCUUUCAUUGUUUUGAUUUUAGUUAGAACCAUGAGCCAUGAUGGAUGUGAGACUCUUCUCAAUUGCUCUUUAAAUUGUCACUUUUUUAAUCCUAUUAAAUGAAGUGUCGAUUCCUGACAAAUACAUUAAAAGUGUUUUAUUCCUAGAAGAAUUGGGAAAAAAGAAAUUAUUUUCAGCAAGAGUAGGAUGUGUUUGUUAGACUGAUUCCUUGGCAAAAAGAGAAAAAAAGCUUUUGAAUUGUGCAAAAAAUUGCCCAGUAGUUAUGCUGUCGCCCCAGUUGUCAAACUGCUGUGCAGACGGCUGUAACCCAGUCAACUUCACCUUCUUUUUAAUUUAGAAGAUAACAAAAUUGUACUCACUUAUCCUUUCCAGAGCCAAGGGGGAAAAGGAAGGUAAAAUCUACAACAAAAAGCGAGCGUUCUGUGUGCUGAGGCCACUCGGUAAUAAAGAGACGGAUCAUUCCCCCUCGAAAACUUCAAUUAAGAACCUCCCUUUGGACAGGGAAAAAAGGUGUCAAAGAGGAAAAGAAAAUUAAAUUGCCUCCUUCUAGUUCUUCCUCCUUA